AUGGGUGGGGGGGGGGUAAUGGGGUGUGUGUUGUGGGGGGGGUUGUGGGGGGGGGGGGGGGGGGGGUUUUGGGGGUUGUGGGGGGGUGGGUUUUGUGUAUUUUGGUUUGGGGGUGGGGGUGGUGGGUGUUGUGGGGUUGGGGGGUUGGGUUGUGGGGGGUUGGUGUUGUGGGUUGGGUUUGUGUUUGGGUGGUUUGUGUGUGUUGGGGUUGGGUUGGGGUGGUUGGGGGUUGGUGGGGUUUGGGGGGUUGUGGUUUUGUGUGUGUGUGGUUGGGGGGGGGGGGGGGGGGGUGGGGGGGGGGGGGGGGGGGGGGGGGGGGGGGUGGGUUGGGGGGGGGGGUGGGGGGGGGAGGGGGUGUGUGGGGGGUGGUGGGGGGGGGUUUGGUGGGUGUUGGGGGGGGGGUUUGGGGGGGGUGUGGUGUGGGGGUGGGGUGGGGGGGGGGGGGGGUGGGGGGUGGUGGUGUUUUGUUGUGGUUGGGUUGGGGUGGGGGUGGGGGGGGGGGGGGUGGGGUGGGGUUGGUGUUGGGGGUUGGUUGUUUUGGGUGGGGGGGGGGGGUGUGGGGGGUGGUUGGGGGGUGGUUGGUGGGUUGGGGUGGGUUGGGGUGGGGUGUUGUGUGUGUUUGGGUGUGUUUGUGGGUGGGUUGUUGGGUUGGGGUGGUGUUGGUGGUGUAUGGGGGGUUUGUUGGGGUGGGUUGGGGGUGGUAUAUGGUUGUGUUGUGGGUUGGUGUUGUGUGUUUUUGUUUGUUGGUGGGGGGUUGUUUGUUUAGGGGGGGGGUGGGGGGUUUUAGUGGGUUGGUUGGUGGGUUUUUUGAUGGAGGGUUUGUUUUUGGGUUUGUUGAGUGUUUUAUGGGAUGUGAUUUGGAAUUUGUGGUGUUGGUGUGGGUUUUUGGGUGGUUGUGGGGUGGGGUGGUGGGGGGGUUGGGGGGUUGGGGGUUGUGGUAGUUUUUGGUGGUGGUUGUGGUUGGGGGAGGGUUUGGGGGGUGGGUUUUGGGGGGUAUUUUGUUGGGAUGUGUUGUUUGUGGGGGGGGUUUUGGUGGGGGGGUGUGGGGUGGGUUUGGGGUUGUGGGGGUGGGUGGUUGUAGUGGGAGUGGGGGGUUUUUUUGUGUGGUGGGGGGGGGGGUGGUGGGGGGGGGUGUGGGGGUGGGGGGGUGGUUUGGUGGGGGUGGUGGGGGUUUGUGGUGUUUUGGUUCGGGUUGGUUGUGGGGUGUUGUGGUGGGGGGUUGUUGGUGGGGGGGGGGGGGGGGGGUGGGGGGGGGGGGGGUGGUGGUUUGGGGUUGUGGGUGUGUUGGGGUUGGGGGGGUGGGGUUUGGGGGGGAUUUUUUUGGUGUUGAUUGAUGGUUGGUGUGUGAUAGAUGAGUUGUUGGUUGGUUGUUGGUUGUUUUGUUGGUUGUUGUUUGUGUGUAUGGGGGUUGGGUUGUGGUGUGGAUGGGGGGGGUGUUUUGUGUGUUGGUGGGGUGGGGGGUGGUGGGGUGGGUGGUGGGGGUUGGAGGGGGGUUGGGGGUGUGUGUGGGGUUUGGUGUGGAGUUUUUUGGUUGGGUAUGGGUUUGUGUUUGUGGUGGUGGUGUUGUGUGGGGGGGUGGUGUGUGGGUUGGUGUGUGGGGGGUUGUUUGGGGUGGGGGGUGUUGUUUGGGGGGGUGGGGGGUUGGGGGGGGGGUUGGGGGGGGUGGUGGGGGGGGGGGGGUGGGUGUUGGUUGGGGGGUUGGGGGGGGGGGGUGGGUGGUGGGUGGGGGGGGUGGGGGGGUGUGUGUGGGGUGGGGUGGGGUGGUUGGGGGGGGGGGGGGGUGGGGUUGGGGUGGGGUUUGUGGUGUUGUGGGGUAGGGUUGUGGGUGUGUGUGGUGAGUGUGGGGUUGUGUGUGGUGUGGUUGUUUUGUGUUGGGGUUUUGUGGAGUGUGUAUGGGGUGGGGGGGUUGGUUGUGUGGUGUGGGUGGGUGUGGGGGUUGUUGUGGUGGGUUUUGGGGGUUGUGGGGGGGUUGUUGUGGUGUUUUGUUUGUUGGUUGGGGGUUGUGUUGGUGGGUUUGUUGUGGGAGGGGUGUUGGGGUUUGUGUUUUUUGGGUGGGGUGGGGGGGUUAUGUUGUUUGAUUGUGGGGUGGGGGGGGGUGUUUUGUGUUUUGUGUGGUGGGUGGGGGGUUGUGGUUGUGUGUGUUGUGUGGGUUGGGGGGUUUUGUUUUGGUUUAGUUUUGUGGUUGGGGAGUUGUGGUUUUGUGUUUGUUGGGUGGGGGGGUGUUGUUGUUUGUUUGUGUGGGGUGGGGGGGGGGGAGUGUGGUUUUUGUUUGUUUUUGUGGGUUGGGGGGGGUUGUUUGGGGUUGUUGUGUGGAGGGGUGGGGGGAGUUGUGUGUUUUUUUUGGUUGGGUGGGGGUUGUGUGGUGGUGUGGUGGUGGUGGGGGGUUGUUUGGUGUUUUUGUGUGUGGGAGGGGGGUUUGUUUGGUGGUUUGUUGUUGGUUGGGGUGUUGUUUUUUAUUUUGUUGGUUUGUGGUUUGUUGUUUGGGGGGGUUUUUUUGAGUGUUGGGGGUGUGAGGUGGGGGGGGUUGUUGGGGGGGGGGGGUGUGGUUGGGUGGUUGGGGGUUGGGGGGUGGUUUUGUGGGGGUGUGGAGUGUUGUUGGUUGUUUGUUGUUGGGUGGGUGUUGUGGUGGUGAGGUGGUGGUUGGGUGGUUGUGUGGGGUGGUGGGUUGUUGGGUUUUGUUGUUGGGGGUGGUAUGGGGUUUUGGGGGGGGUUUUGUUUGGGUGUGGGGGGGUUUUGAUAUUUUUGGGUGUGGGGUGGGGGGGGGGGUGUUUGUUUGGGUGGUGUUUGGGGUUUGGGGUGUUUGUGUGUGGGGUUGUGGGGGUUGGGUGUUGGGGUUUGGGGUUUGGGGGGUGGGUGGGUUGGGUGGGUUGGUGGGUUGUUGUUGGAAGUGAUUUAUGGUGGGGGUUUGGUUUGUGGUGGUUUUGUUGGGGGGGUUUGGGGGUGGUGUGUGGGGGUUGUGAUGGGGGUGUUUUUGGGGGUUUGGGGGGGUGUGUGUUUGGGUGGGGGUUGGGGUGUUGGGGGGGGGGGGGGGGUGUGGUUGGGUGUUGGGAUGGGGGUUGGGGGGGGGGGGGUUGGGGGGGGGGGGGUUGGUGGGUGGUUUGUGGGGGGUGGGGUGGUGGGGGUUGUGGGGGGGGGGUGGGGGGGGUGUGGGGUUGGGGGUGGGGGUGGUUGUGUGGGUUGUGGGGGGGGGGGGUUGGGGGGGUGGGGGUUGGGGGGUUGGUUGGGUGGGGUGGUUGGGUUGGUUUUGGGGUUUGGUUGGGGUGUGUGUUUGUUGUGUGUGGGUUUUGGAUGGUUGGGGGUGGGGGGGGGGUGUGGUGGUUGGGUGUGGUUGUGUGUGGGGUGGGGUGGGGGGGGGGGGGUGUGGGGGUGGUGUGUGGUUGUUGGUGGGUGUUUGGGUUGGGGGUUUGGUGUGGUGUGGGGUAUGGGUGGGGGGUGUUGUGGGGGGUUGGUUGGUGGGUGUUUGGGGGGUGUGGUGGGGGUGGGUGGGGUGGGGGGGUGGGGGGGAGUGGGGGGGUGGGGUGGGGUGUGGGUGGGGGUGUGGGUGGGUGGGGGUGGGGUGGGGGGGUUGGGUGUUGUGGGGUGUGGGGGGGGGUGGGUGGGUGGGUUGGUUGUGUGGGGUGUGGGUGGUGUGGGGGUGGGUGUGGGUUUGGUUGGGGGUGGGGUUGGGUUGGGGUGGGGGGGGGGGUGGGGGGGGGGGUUGUUGGGUGGGUGUGUUGGGUUUUGUGUUGUGGUGUGUGUGUGGGGGGUGUGUGUGUGUGUUGUGUUUGUGUUUUGUGUGUGUUGUGUGUGGGGUGUGUGUGGUGUGUGUGGUGUGUUUUUGUGUUGUGGGUGGUUGUGGGGGGGGGUGUGUUGGGGUGGGGUGGGGGGGUUUGUUUUUUUUUGAUAGUGGGUGUUUGGGGUUGUGUGAGGGGGUGGUGGUGGGGUUGGUUGGGGGUUGGUUGGGGGGUGUGGGUGUUGUGGGUUUUGGGGUGUUGUUGGGGUUUGGUGGUGGUGUUGGUGGUUUUGUUGUGGUUUUGGUGGUUUGUUUGUGGUUUUUGGGUGGUUUGGGGUUGUUGGGGGGUUGGGGGGGGUUGGGGGUUUGGGGGUUGUGGGUUGGGGGGGUUGGGGUGGGGUUUGUUUUGGGGGUUGGGGGUUGGGUUGUGGUUUGGGGGUUGGGGGGUUUGUGGUGGUUGGGUUUGUUAUGGUGGAAUGAGGGUUUGGUGGGUGGGAGAGGGGGGAUUUAGGGAUGUUUAUGAGGGGGUGGGAAUGAAGAGAGGGGAGUGUGAUGGGGUAGAGGUAUGUGGGGUGGGGGGGGGUAGGAGAGGAGGGUGUUUUUAUAUGGUUGGUGUAUAUUUGGGGGUUGGGGGGGGGGGGGGAAUUUGGGGGGGGGGGUUUUGGGGGUGGUGUUGGGGUGAGGUGGGGGGUUAUAUGUUUGGGGGGUGGGUGGGUGGGUUUAGUUGUUUGGGGGGGGAGGGAGGGGUGGGUAUUUUUUGUUGGUGGGGUGUGGGGGGGUUUUUAUUGUUGGGGGGGGGGUGGGUGGGGUAUUUUUUAUAUUUGUGGGGGGUGGUGGGGGGUUAUUUGGUUGUGGGGGGGAGGAGGGGGGUUUGUGGGGGGGGGGGUGGUGGGGGUGUUUGGUGUGGGGGGUGUGGUGGAGUUUGUGGGGGGGGGAGGUUGGGUUGUGUGUGGGUGGGGGGGGUGGUGGGGUUUAUUGUUGGUGUGGGGGGUGGGUUGGUGUUUUUUGGGUGGGGGGUGGUGGUUUUUUUGGGGUGUGGGGGGGUAGGGUGGGGGUGGGUUUUUUGGGUGGGGGGGGUGGAGGGUAGUAUAGGUUUUGUGGGGGGGUGGUGGUUGUGUUUUUUUUGGGUGGGGGGGGUGGUUUUUUGGGGUGGGGGGGGGGUGGGUGUGUGUGGGUGGGGGUUGUGGUGGUUUGUUGGUGUGGGGGGUGGGGUGUUUUUUGUGGGUGGUUGGGGGGUGGGGGGGGUUGGGGGGGUGGGGUUGGGUGGUGGGUGGGGUGUGGUGUGUUGUUGUUUUUUUUUUAUUUGUGGGGUGUGUGGGUGGGGGGGGGGGUUGUGGGGGUUGGGGGGGGGGGGGGCGAGUUCCUAA